AUGUCUGCUACUACCACCGAAUCCCAACUAAACGGGUCAAUUGGUACUCACGACCAACAUCAAACACAAGAUUCAACACCACAACAAGCGAAGCCCGACACACCAACAAACAAGACCCCAAAUGAUAAACAUCACAAGUUCAAAAAGAAAUUGGUUAGAGCUCAGCCUGAUACGAAUGCUAUGAAAUAUAAAGUAUGGCUUGCUGGCCACAUCACAUCUGUGGUAUUUGGCACCAUUUCAUUCUUUUUUCAAGUAUUUUGGUUGCCCAAUGUCUACUAUAUUAAUUCUAUUUGUUAUAGAUUAGCGUUGCUUGGCUCAGCGGUGGCAUUGACCUCCACAUUUAGUCACAAGUUUGGAUUACAUUUUUUACCACCAGUGGCUACAUUAUUAAGUCAUGAAAAUUUCCAAUACUUGAUCUUGACUAUAGUUUGGUGCUUUACAUUCAGAUCAGUGUUUAAAAUCUUGCCAUACUUUUUGUUGAGCAUUCUACACUUGAGCAAAGUGAAGGAUGUGAGUGCCUUUCUCAAACAUGCGUCAACAAUCUCAUCAUGGAUCGCAUACGAUGAAUUGUUUCUUAUUUUCUACUUGGUUAUAAGAACAUUGUUUUUUAGAAACGCUAGUGGUUUUCAAUUGACUUUGUUUUUAAUCUUUUAUUGGUUGAGAAUAUUGUACAAUAAAGAAACUGGAAAUUUGUUUUCCACAGUUGUCGAUAGAUUGGAUGGUGAAAUGGUUAAAAUCAAAAACCCAACUUUCCAAAGAAGAUGGGAAAAGGUUAGAGAGUUUGUCAAGGUUAAGCAAGAACAAGAGCAUCAAGAUGAUUAG